CACAGAAUACCAUGAAUUCAUGUAUGUAAGGUCUCUUUUUACAAGUAAACCAGAAAAAAAUCAUCCGCGUCUAUCGUUGACACAGACACAUGUGAUUCCGACUUCUCCGUCGUUUUGUGUCAUCUAGAAUUCACGAAUGAUUGAGAUUAAAUUGACUGUUCGGUAGAAAACAACUGGUACGCUGUGUGUGAUCAUCAUGGAUAUAUCCAGCAACUCUUUGUCUCAACCAACAGCAAUGAGCAUGGACGCAGAGAUGAAUUUGUACAGUAAUGAGAGAGCGUCACCGGCUCCUGUACUCGGCAACAUCCAGUCAGUGCUGACAACCGUCAGUAGCAGCCCGACUGCCAGUCCCACGCCUCAGAUCAAGAUGCAGCACGAUGUCUCUUCACAAAUGCUGACGCGGCCGAGGCUCCAGGAACUGGUGCGGGAAGUGGAUGCUACAGAGCAGCUGGAUGAGGAGGUAGAGGAGAUUUUGCUGCAGCUUGCUGAUGAUUUUGUAGAGUCCACUGUUAACGCUGCCUGCUUACUCGCCAAACACAGGAAAUGUAACACCAUCGAUGUUAAGGAUGUCCAAUUACAUUUAGAGAGGAACUGGAACAUGUGGUUGCCAGGGUUCGGUACUGAUGAGUUGCGGCCGUACAAACGCUCGACUGUCACCGAAGCCCACAAGCAGAGACUUGCUCUCAUCCGCAAGGCCCUCAAGAAAUAUUAGCUUCCGUUGUGUUCACUGUAUCCUAUUCUAUUUUAUAAAAAGCAUAUCACUGCAUGUUUUGUAAUAAAGUUUUGCGUUUUUUUUUU